CACUUCGCUAGCUCCUAGUCGGCAGCUAUCACUGUCACUGCUGGCGCUUAUAAGAUGAGGAUGCUGUGUGUGGUGGCCCCUGGCUUACUCUGUUCUUCCCCACUUUCCCUCAGUUUCUCAUCCCCCAAACACCACCUGAAGCUUCCCUCCUCCUCCUUCAGGCCUUACUCUCGCAAAUCUCCGAUCAAGAUGUCAACAACAACUAUCGAACACAUUGUCCUCUUCAAAGUCAAAGACAACACGGACCCCACCGAAGUCAACACCAUGCUCACCUCUCUCAACGCCCUCGUCUCUCUUGAUCCCGUGCUCCACCUUGCCGCCGCUCCACUCUACCGCACCAAAUCCUCUCCCAUCCCCUUCACUCACAUGCUUCACAGCCGCUACUCCUCCAGAGAUGACCUCAACGCCUAUACCGUACAUCCUAGCCACCUCACCGCUGUUAAAGAGUCGGUUCUCCCUAUCUGCGAUGACAUCAUGGCUGUUGAUUGGGUUGCCGAUGAUCUCCAAGGCCCCAUUGUCCUACCUCCCGGUUCCGCAAUAAGAGUGAUCUUUCUAAAAUUGAAGGAAAAUUUGGGCGAGGAAGUGAAAGAUGAGAUUUUGGCCCUUAUUAAAGGGAUCAAGGGGAGUUUUGGAGAGAUCAAUCAGAUAACUUGUGGAGAGAAUUUCUCUCCAGCGAGAGCCAAAGGUUAUUCAAUCGCCUCGCUUGCGGUUUUUCCAGGAGUGAGUGGAAUAGAGGCUGUGGAUUCGAAAGAAGAACUGGUGAACUUGCAAAGAGAGAAGAAAGGAUGAAGGUAGUCGCCUUGGAUAGAUUGAUACGGAGGAAAUGUCGAGGACGUUCUGCAAAUUUUGUUAUUGAUUUGAUCAUUUCCAUUUGGGUUUUGGAAAAUCAUUGGAAGGCUUAUGUUGUCUAUUUGUGGCCAGUCUCUCUCGUUGAAUUUUGGAGAUUGAUACUUGUUUGUGAUUGAAAUUGAGAAAGGAACUGUGUCUCCAAAUAUUCAAGUAUGAUUGAAUAUGCUGGAGAUUGUAGACUCUUGGGAAUUAUGGAAAUAUUUUUCCACUGA